ACGGNGAAAAUAGUGUGGCUGCUUUCUCUCGUUCACCUCCUCCUCGUGAGGACCUCACCCGCCAAAGGUCAAGAACCAGUGCAACUACUGCCGCUCCACGACCCGACAUCCGCCCUCCGACUGCCGCCCCUCGACGGCCACCCCGUCGCCUUCCACCUCCCGGCCGAACACCUGAAAAAUGUCUCCGGCAGCGUCUUAACGGCCGAGACUUGGCUCAGGAGCCACGUUCUACCUCACUACCCUUCCACCAACGUCACCGCCAUCAUCGCCGGCCACUCUGUCUUCUGCGACGGCCGCCACCGCCGCCUGCUGGGCCUCGUCCGGCCGGCCAUCAGGAACCUCCACUACUCCCUCACCAGGUGGGGCCUCCAGAACGACAUCAAGGCCACCACUUCCUUUUCCUCCGACUGCCUGGACGGAAGGUCCGCCGAUUUAACCCAAAACCACAUUAAACCUCUGUUAAUCACUCUGCAAGAUAUUGGGUCUCCGAUUGCGGUGAACCCGCCGACUCCACAUUCCGACCCAUUGUCCGAAAAGAUUUUCGAUUUUCUGAAAUCCCUGAAGAAUCUCGAGGCUUUCCACGCCGGGAGGGUCAAUUUGGUCAUUUCGAGCGAAAUGGCCGGAAACCUGCCCACCUCCCGGAAACUCUCCGCCAUCGACAUCAGCAACAACGUCGUCCCUUUCCCAGCGCCAGCCGCGAAACCCCCCCUGCCGCCGCUGGUGGGGACGAUCUCGCCGGCGGCGCCGCAUUUCCUCCCGCCUCUGGCUUCGGCGGCCAGCCCGCCGUACGGGCCGCAUCUUCCGCCGUGCGAGCCGUCGGGAUCUGCGGGUGCGCCGGCGGUUGGGUCCCGGGAGGAGGUGUGGUGCGUGGCGAAGCCGAGCGUGCCGGCGGAGACUCUGCAGGAGGCGCUGGAUUUUGCGUGCGGGGAGGGAGGCGCGGAUUGCGAGGCGAUUAAGGAAGAAGGAAGCUGCUAUUUUCCGAACACGGUGGUGGCGCACGCCUCUUAUGCUUUCAACAGUUACUGGCAGAAGAAUAAGAAGAGUGGUGCAACUUGCGCCUUUGCUGGCACAGCCAUGCUCAUUAAUUCCGAUCCAAGCUAUAGUCAUUGCAGGUUUCUUCUUACCUAGUGAAUGAAGUACUAUUAUUGCAGUAGAAGUUGUGAGUUUGUGAGAUGGAGAUGAACACUUUGAUUCAGUUUGACUAUUGUACCACCUCUGCUGCUCUG